GAUUCUUAUCCUGUGUGGUUUUUCACUACUGAUUGGAUCCGUGCAGGCCAGAAGUUCCGAACUCUGUUGGAGUGUCCGAUUUGGAAAUUCCAGUUUCUUCUCCUGUCUUGGCUCGAGAUCCGGGCCAAGCCAGAAGUUCUGAUUUGCAUUUUGAAACCACAGGUGAGGUUAUUUGUGUUAUUGAGUAAAUGGCGUCCAAUGAGGGAUUUCUGACUGAAGGACAGAGGGAGAUGUUGAAAAUUGCUAGUGAAAAUGCAGAGAGUUUGUCGGCUUUAUCGUCUUCGCCCAAGUCACCGUCGUCCUUGCUUGCUGAUCAUCACAUCAAAGCUCCCGCUGGUGGUAAGGCUCAGACUGCUGGGAUUGCUGUGAGGCAUGUCCGAAGGUGUCACUCUGGGAAGUAUGGGCGGGCGAAGAAAGUAUCAAGUAGGCAGCUAUUCAUAGAUGGAGAUUGGAGAGCUCCUAUCCUCAACAAAAGAAUUCCAAACAUCAAUCCUUCCACUGAAAACAUCAUAGGAGAUAUACCUGCUGCUACUAAGGAAGAUGUUGAUCUUGCUGUGGAUGCUGCUAAAAGAGCCAUUUCCAGAAACAAUGGUAGAGAUUGGUCUGCUGCUUCUGGCUCUCUUCGUGCUCGCUAUCUUCGAGCCAUUGCUGCUAAGAUAAAAGAGAAAAAGAAUGAACUAGGGAAGCUGGAAUCAAUUGACUGUGGAAAACCGCUGGAGGAAGCACUAGCGGAUCUGGAUGAUGUUGUUGCUUGUUUUGAGUACUAUGCUGGGCUUGCUGAAGGGUUGGAUUCAAAGCAAAAAGCUCCUAUAUCUCUUCCUAUGGAUACCUUCAAAAGCUAUAUUCUCAAGGAGCCUAUUGGUGUUGUUGCGUUAAUAACUCCAUGGAACUAUCCUUUCUUAAUGGCAACUUGGAAAAUUGCUCCGGCUCUGGCGGCUGGUUGUGCUGCAAUAUUGAAGCCGUCUGAAUUGGCAUCUGUGACCUGUUUGGAGUUAGGCGAAAUAUGCAAAGAAAUUGGCCUUCCUCAUGGUGUUUUAAAUAUUGUCACUGGAUUAGGCCAUGAAGUCGGUGCUUCUUUGGCAUCCCAUCCUGAUGUAGAUAAGAUUUCUUUUACUGGUAGCUCAGCAACUGGGAGCAAGAUUAUGACAACUACGGCACAGCUAGUCAAGCCUGUUUCACUAGAGCUUGGUGGAAAGAGCCCGAUCGUUGUUUUUGAGGAUGUUGACCUUGAUAAGGUUGCUGAGUGGACUGUCUUUGGCUGUUUCUUUACUAAUGGUCAGAUAUGCAGUGCAACAUCUCGACUUAUUGUGCACGAAAGUAUAGUCGUAGAAUUUGUGGAUAAACUUGUCAAAUGGGCCGAAAACAUCAAAAUUUCGGAUCCGUUGGAAGAAGGUUGCAGGCUUGGACCUAUUGUCAGUGAAGCACAGUAUAAGAAAGUAUUGAAUUGCAUCUCAUCGGCUAAGAGUGAGGGUGCAACAAUUUUGACUGGUGGCCGUCGACCCGAGCAUUUAAAGAAGGGAUAUUUUGUUGAACCAACCAUCAUAACCGAUGUGACCACCUCGAUGCAAAUUUGGAGAGAAGAAGUAUUUGGACCUGUACUCGCCGUGAAAACAUUUAGCACCGAGGAAGAAGCUAUUAAUCUCGCAAAUGACACUCACUAUGGUUUGGGGUCUGCUGUAAUGUCAAACAAUUUAGAAAGAUGUGAGCGUCUAUCUAAGGCUCUUCAAGCUGGAAUUGUAUGGAUUAAUUGUGCUCAGCCAAGCUUUAUUCAAGCACUAUGGGGAGGCAUUAAACGUAGCGGCUUUGGCCGCGAAUUAGGAGAAUGGGGACUUGAGAACUACUUGAGUGUGAAGCAAGUUACUAGGUAUACAUCGGAUGAGCCGUGGGGCUGGUAUCAAUCACCUUCAAAGCUGUGAUAGUUAAUCAUAUUUCUAAAAUCUGGCAUGGAAUUAGGUGUUUGUGUGAGUAACACCAAGAUAUAUAAUGUUAUGUUAUAUAAACUGAAAUGCAAGAUAUUGAGUCAUCUUUGAAUAUGUCAGUUCUUGAUUAUUAAAUCAUAUCAGUAACUUUGUAUAUAUUUUGAUACAUUUAAGGCAAAAUUGGUUUGAAUUGGUAUAUA